CUGUAAUACAUCUGUCACCCAUUUCAAGUAACAUGUAAGAUUACUGUUGUUCCUUGACUAAAAACUUCCUCUCUCAUCUCCACACUAUAAAUAAAUUCCAAAACACUCUUUUCUUUCCUCAAAUCCAACUUCUAGAUCCUCCUCAAAACUAUAACGUACGGGAAAAAAACACUCUACCUUUGAACAGCAAUAUGGUGAAGACACUAGUAUCAGAUCAGCCGCCGCAGUCACUUUCCCCGCCGCCGUCAUCAUCAUCAACGGAGGAAAACAAGAACAACAAGAACAACAAGAACAAGAAGAAGUACAAAGGAGUUAGAAUGAGGAGUUGGGGAUCAUGGGUAUCUGAAAUUAGGGCACCAAAUCAAAAGACAAGAAUAUGGCUUGGUUCCUAUUCAACUCCUGAAGCCGCUGCUAGGGCUUAUGAUGCUGCCCUUUUAUGUCUUAAGGGCACUUCAGCUAAUUUAAACUUCCCUCUCUCAUCUUAUCACGAUAUUCAUUAUGAUGAUCAUGAUCAUCAUCAUCAUCAACCACCCUUAAUCUUAUCUCCCAAGUCUAUCCAAAGGGUAGCUGCUGCUGCCGCCGCCGCCGCCGAUGAUCAUACUUCCGCUACUACUUCUGAUCAUGUCACCGCCGCUACUACUAUUACUACUCCUGUCUCAUCAUCCGAGGAUGACGUGUCAUUGGUGCCGUCGACGUCAUCGUUGGAUGAUCAGUAUUAUUAUAAUGACCAGCCAUGGUAUACAUCAUUUGAUUCGCCAAAGUAUAUUAUUAAUGAUAUGAUGAUGAUGAAUAAUUACGGGGGUAAUUCUUCGUUUUUUGAUCAAGAUACUUCUCCAAUGAAUAAUUACGUCGACGAGGGUUAUGAAGAAGGCGAUAUCAGGUUAUGGAACUUCUGCUAGAUAGAUAGUAUAUAAAAAAAUGAUCUUUUAUUAAUAUUGAAGACAUUUUUUUAUGAAUGCUGACAAUGACAACUCAAAUCUACCGAAAGAAAAAAGAGAGAAAGCAAUAAAUUGCGUAUUAUUUAAGUUAGAGAGUAAAGGAUUAAUUCAAGUAAGAGAGAGAGAGAGUCAUAAUUUGAUUGACUUUGCUAGCUCACGUUAUUUAAUAAUGCAUUUCAUAUAUAUAUACUUUUUUUUUAUGUUGAA